GUACUUCAUGAAUCAAGUAUAAAAUGCAGUCAAUGUUAGGCUGACAUCAAACAGUGAAAUGUAUCUUAAAGCAGUCGUGUUCUUUGCUCUCGCAGCGGUAGCGGUCGCCGAGAGGCCCCGAGUCGGUCUUCGGAUGCCGCAGAUCUUGCCGCCUUUUAAGCGCUCGUACUCGCCUCAAGUGGUCGGAGGUAACGAAGCUCCGGUAGGAGGUUACCCGUUCAUAGUUUCCCUUCAACUAUUCUCCGAUCAUUUCUGCGCCGGAUCCAUCUUGAACGAGCGAUGGAUUGUAACAGCAGCACACUGCGUUGAUGCAGUUUCUCCUAGCCUUAUUACCGUUAAGGCUGGCAAGCAUAAUGUUAAUGCUCGAGAGAAUACUGAACAAGAGGUCUCAGUGGUACGAGGUAUCAUACAUGAAAAUUAUGGAGGUGGCGUCGGUCCAUAUGACAUUGGUUUACUUCAGCUUGCGUCUCCAUUGAAGUUUAAUGAUAGAGUAAAGCCCAUCAAUUUGCCAGCACGAGGAAGUGACCCAGGCAAAAAUGAAAAGGGACUGCUUUCUGGAUGGGGCUCCACUUCGACUUCUCGUGUCCCAGUAUAUCCUGAUAAACUUCAGCAUGUUGAAGUAGAUUACGUCGACCGUGCUACUUGCCACAAAGCCGUAUUGGAUUUGACCGGAUCUUCUCCCGUUCACGAAACCAAUGUCUGCUCUGGUCCAUUGACAGGUGGAAUCUCCGCAUGCAGCGGUGAUUCCGGUGGUCCUCUAAUCUCUGUGCGUCCAGGACAAGGACCAGAGCUCACUGGAAUAGUAUCUUGGGGUAUUAUUCCAUGCGGCACUAAAGGUGCGCCAUCCGUAUAUGCCAGAGUAUCCCUGUUCAUCGAUUGGAUUAAUCAGAAAACCGGUAAUAAUUAAUACGGCGAUAUUAAUAAUGUAUUAUUAUUGUAAACUAAUGACAAGUUGUUAUGAUAUUUAAUAAAUAAA